AUUCCUCUUCUUCCUCUUCUUCUUCUUUUUUCUUGACUUGGUUCAUUAUUUAAUUAUGGAGACUAUCAAGGCAGACGGAUACAAUGCUAAAUUUGCUACUGCUACCUAUGCAUUGGCAGCUGCAGGCGCGCUCUUUUUGGGUGCAAAGGCAUUCACUUUCAUAAAGAUGCUUUUGGAACUUUACGUGUUCAGCGGCAUUCCACUCAAGAAGUUUGGUGCUGGUUCUGGUGCCUGGGCUGUCAUUACUGGUGCAUCGGAUGGUAUUGGAAAGGAAUUUGCUGAUCAGUUGGCCAAGAAGAAAUUCAAUGUGCUUUUGGUUUCUCGAACUGCUUCAAAAUUGGAUGUAAUUGCUGAGGAGCUCAGCCAGCAAUAUGGUGUAGAGACAAAGACUUUUGCAAUGGAUUUCACAAAGGGAGAUGCUAAUGAUUUUGCAAAGCUUGGAGAGGUUAUCAGUGGUCUUCGUGUUGGUGUUUUGGUUAACAAUGUUGGUACAAACCAUGAUAUCCCUACUCCUUUUGCUGAAGAAGAUGACAAGGUGAUCCAGGAUAUUGUUGAAGUCAACAUCAAGGGUGCCAUGCGUAUGACCAAGCUUGUACUUCCCCAGAUGCGUAAAGAUCGUUCGGGUCUUAUUCUUAACCUCGGUUCAUUCUCUGGUCUUGUUGCUACUCCUUAUCUGUCUGUCUACUCUGCCGGCAAGGCUUUCCUCUGCACCUGGUCCCAGGCUCUUGGUGCCGAAUUGGCUUCUGAGGGUAUUGUGGUCGAGAACAUCAACACUUACUUUGUCGUGUCUGCAAUGAGCAAGAUCCGUAAGCCUACUUUCCUCAUUCCUCUGCCCAAGCCCUACGUUGCCUCUGUCUUGUCCAAGAUCGGUCUUGCCUGUGGUGCCGGAACACCUUACACCUCUGCACCUUAUCCCGGCCAUGGUAUCGUCAACUGGUUGAUUGACAAUGUUUUUAACAUCACCUUCUGGGUUAACCACAAUGACACUAUUCAAAAGGAUAUCCGUAAGAGAGCCUUGCGUAAGCGUGAGCGUGAAGCUGCUGCCAGAAAGUCCUCAUAAUUUUAGUGAUAUGACUGUUAUAUACAUACAUACAUAUCAACAUGUGUACAUUUUGUAUGUAUGAAAAUAUUAUUUCCACAAAAGCUGUGUGAAUAAAGAGAUGAUUUUUUUUAAAAGC